AUGAGACGACUGAAGUUCUUUUUGCCAUAUUGUGUCAUAACUUUGGGGAGUUCGUUUCCUUUUGGAUAUCACACUGGGGUGAUAAAUGCACCUGCUGAUCUGAUUAAAAGCUUCAUAAAUACUACUCUAGCUGCUAGGUCAGUCACAUGUGAUGAACGUUUCAUCGACUUGUUGUGGUCACUUUGUGUUACGUCCUUCCUUCUUGGAGGUUUUUUUGGAGGCUUGAUUGGUGGCGUUUUGGCUAACAAGUUGGGCCGAAAAAAAUCACUAUUCCUGCUGUCUAUCCCAACAGUAAUUGGAUCACUCCUAAUGAUGUUUUCGAAAAUGGCAGAAUCUUUCGAAAUGAUUAUAAUUGGGAGAUUUACAAUUGGGAUCGCUUGUGGUGCUCACACGGUCGUUGGGCCUAUGUUUCUGUCGGAAAUAGCUCCAGUUAAUUUCCGCGGAGCUGCGGGAACUUUCAAUCAGUUUGUGAUUGUUUCCGCUAUAUUGUUGUCACAAGUACUUAGUCUGCCUGAAGUGAUGGGGACAACGGAAUUAUGGCCAUAUCUACUUGCUUUAUGUACCGUUUCCAGCGUCAUACAUAUUCUACUCCUGUUCACUUGUCCUGAAAGUCCUACUUACUUAUACAUUGUUAAAGGUGAUCGUCGAAGGUCAGAAAAUGCAUUAGUUUACCUUAGAGGGCAAGAUUGUGAUGUACAUGCUGAAUUAGAACUACUAAAAUUGGAGACGGAACAGUCAUCUACACACAAAUCAAAUGUUUGUGACCUACUGCGUAUUCCAUACUUGCGUUGGGGACUGAUUGUAGCUUUGGUACCACAUAUUGGCCAACAGUUUUCCGGUAUAAAUGGAAUUCUUUACUACUUUGUAAGUUUAUUCAUAUCGAAUGGGUUAACAAAACAAGUUGCAAGCUAUGCAAAUCUUGGAACUGGAGUUACAAUUCUAAUCGGUGCAUUCUCAUCCAUAUUUGUUAUCGAUCGGAAAGGCAGACGUCCUUUAUUAAUGUUUGGAAUAUCAGUUUGCCUUUUUAGCCUCUUACUAUUCACCUUAACUUUGAUUAUUAAACAAGUGACUGAAAUCAAUAAACUUACAAUUAUAUCUAUUGUAUUGACGUAUACGUUUUUAUUUGGAUUUUCAGUGAGUUUAGGUUCUAUCCCAUGGUUUUUGGUUUCUGAAUUGUUUACGCAAGAAAAUCGUGAUGCUGCUGUCUCUAUUGCUGCAGCAACUAACUGGUUAUGCAAUGCCAUUGUAGCGUUAAUAUUCCCUCAGUUGGUUAUCUAUAUUGGUAUUUAUGCUUUUAUACCGUUUAUAUGUGCAUUGUUAGUUGUAUUAAUAUUUGUCGGAUUGUAUCUACCCGAAACGAAAGGAAAAACGCCAGCUUCCAUCGAAGAUUAUUUUAUGCGUGUUUGUGGUUUUCGUGGCACAGAAUCACAUGAAAAUCCAACAUUUACAGAUAUAAUAGAUGAUACAACACAAUCUUAA